AUGCAUUUCUCAACCAUUGUCAUGGGCCUUAUGGCCUCCACCGCCAUGGCCGCUCCCCGUCCCCACUACGAGGUCGUCACCGAGUACGCCUAUGUCACCAAGGUCGUCACCGCCGGCAGCGCCCCCCAGCAGACCUACGUUCCCGCCCCCGUCCAGGAGAAGGCCCCCAGCCGUCAGUGGUGGAAGCAGCCCAAGAAGGUGGUCGCCGCUCCCAAGACUACCACCACCUACGUCGCUCCCAAGCCCACCUACGUCGCCCAGGAGCCCGAGCCCGUGGCUGAGGAGCCCGAGACCACGGUGGCCGAGACCGAGGAGCCUGAGGAGACCAAGGCACCCAGCUCCGGAUCUUCCGGCCUCUCCGCCGACCAGCAGAAGGCCCUCGAUCUCCACAACGAGGCCCGCAAGGAGGUCGGCAACGACGCCCUCGAGUGGGACGACUCUCUCGUCUCCGGCGCCCAGGAGUGGGCCGACCACAUCGCCUCUCUCGGCAGCCUGACUCACUCCCAGGGCGACGACGGUGAGAACCUCUACAUGGGCACCAGCAGCACCCCCUUCGCCGAUGCCGUCGAGGCCUUCCUCAGCGAGAAGAGCCAGUACAGCGGCGAGGCCAUCUCCGGCUCCAACUACAUGGGCUUCGGUCACUACACCCAGUGCGUCUGGAAGACCACCACCAAGGUCGCCAUGGCUGUCUCCAAGGGCAGUGACGGCGCCUCGUACGUUGUCGCUCGCUACCAGAAGCCUGGUAACAUGAUCGGUGACACGCCUUACUAA